UUUUAGAUUCCACUUCUCAUGACAGAAAACCCGCGGGAAAUGGAACAAAGCCCAAACGUUUCUUCGAUGAAUACGGAGACCCCAGUCGCAGAACCUGAACGUGAUCAGUCAGAAUCUUCUCCUCAAAUCUGUUCUGAAGCUCAGGAAGAUCGCUGUGAAUCGAAAGCCUCACUUGAUGGAAUGGGGAUUAUGAAAGCUAUCGAAGUUGUCGAGAGGGACUCGAUGGCCAUUGCUGAAAGCUUCACCUCCCUCUUUUCUUCUCUCCGUUUGGCUCUAUCUGAGGUUACUAGCAGUUCAGUUGAUCACAUGCGUUGCUUCAGUGAUGCUGCAGGCCACCUGCAAGAAUCUGUACUUGAUGCAGCAACUAAGGGGAACCGCUACAUUAAUUCAUGUCUCAGGCUAAAUGAAGAAAUGAAGGGCAUUGAAAAUCUAGCAAUGCAGUUAAAGAUCCUGAGGAGAAACGUAGAUGUUAUGGACUCAGCUGUGAAUAAGCUCGUCCGUCUUCCAUGAUUUUGAAAAACUCUGCCAUGUUGGAGCCAAAUCAAAUAUAUCUGGAGGGCAAAAUUCCUUUGUAGAGAGCUAUUUUCACAAUCACAAAAGUCAACUCUGGGAGUUCCCAAACCCAGUCCUUUUGGGUUUGCCAUUGAUGUUUGUUGUUGGGAUAUGUAUAUUGUUUCAUUGGUAGAGUAUUAUCUUUGAAUUUUAUUUUCUUUAUGUGUUUGCAACUUUUA